CGGUGCAAGUAGCGUAAUUGGGUGCAAAACAGCACAACGGCCGCGACUACAUUACUAUUAUCACUGAUCAUUGCUACUGUGCGUGUAUCACAGACGUUACAGUGUGUGGAGUUGUGGACCUACUGAUUCAUGAUUGCGCUGAUCGGAUCGCGUUUAUCUCGCAUUGUUUUGCGUUCCGCUAGCGUUUCUAACCUCAAACCAUGGGCGAUUCCGAACAAGACCUGGGUGAUCGAAUCGAUGGCGACAAUCAGAAGAACGAUAAGAUGUUUACUCUGAAGAAAUGGAAUGCCGUGGCCAUGUGGAGCUGGGACGUCGAGUGUGACACCUGUGCCAUAUGCAGAGUCCAGGUUAUGGAUGCCUGUCUACGGUGUCAGGCAGAAAGUAAGAAGGAAGUUUAUGGCCGGCAAGACUGCGUGGUCGUUUGGGGCGAGUGCAACCACUCGUUUCAUUACUGCUGCAUGUCGCUUUGGGUCAAACAAAACAAUCGUUGUCCAUUGUGUCAGCAAGAGUGGUCUAUCCAACGAAUGGGAAAGUAAUUCUUGCGUAUGCUAGUAACUAAUUUUAUUGCAGCUUCUAAUUUUUUUGCAAUUAUUGCCAAUUAAUCAGGAUGGAUCAUGAAAAAAAGCUGUCAAUCGUUGUAAUGCAUCCUAACGAGUCUUGAGUUUAUUUUCUUUUUCGGGAACUUUUGAAAGUGAUAAUCAAAGUCAUCUAAUAUCUUA